AUUUGCUUCUAUUACGCUCUCAUGUGCUCUCCCUUUUCUUGUAAGCUAUCUCUUUUGUCAUAUGUUUACCUACUCGUUAACACGCAAAGUCGCUUUCUCUAUAUUGCCGUUGAUCAAACAAAUUAUGAAUUAUUGAAUUGAAUUAUAAAAAACAAUGCAUAAAGAAUUAGGAAAUCAAAAAUGGCGUUGUUAGUAUAUUCUUAUUUAUCACGGCUGUCGAUAUAGCUAAUUCCGGGGCAGUAUCACUUCCGCAUGUAUGUGUGUAACAUUGAUGGCCACGAAAUGCGCACUUUUAGAUGCUCAGAAACAAUUAUAUAACAUGCUAGCUCUUUGUUGUCAUAUGGUUUCCUAUAAGGCAGAUUAGAUAAAUUAAGUAAGUUUGCAAAUUGAUAUGGAUUUAAAUGUAAUUUUCUCACCCUCACUCUCGUGUUGAUAAAAUUUUAAAUUAACCUUAAAGACUUGUCAGGUUAAAAAAAAAACAAUCUGUCUACCCAGCAUUCCUUGCAGACAGUUCUAAGCGCAAUGAAUUUUGGGUAGACAGACUGGCUUUAAAGGUCCAAAUUGAAUAUGUGAGGUUAAACGUUCAGGGGUAUGGUAGUCUGAGAAAAAUGAUAGACAUCUAUUUAAGGAGAAACGCUCAGCUGAUUAUACAUUUGAUCUAUAUCAAACAGGUCCAGGAAAACAAUCAGUCAGUAGAAUAUCUAUUGGGUAGGGAUGGUCGAUAAAAAAACCUCACGAUUCGUUAAAUCAAUAGUGACUGGCGAAUUGUUUUUCAUAAGUUUAGAUCCCCUUAAUCUUGGUUUGCGAUUUGAGGAGAGUACCAAAAUAAAAUGACAUUUAAAACGUAAUUUAUAUUCUUUUGCUUCGCGUCCUCUGGCAACAAAUCAACCGUGCAUUAAAGAUAAACAGAAUGUUAUACAGCAAAACUACAAACAUUAAUUUCGAUCCAUGAAAGAAAUAGACGAUCAUUUCUCUCUAAAUGUGAGCAACAGCAUUCCUAUAUGCAGGGCCAGUUUCACUUUCGGUUUCAGGUUUAUUAUGGUUUCAUCAUUGGCCAGCCAACCCUGGCGGUGUGUCUUGUUAUUUUACUGUGGCUAAAAGGCAUUGCCAUCCCCGGAAGACUCAGAGUUUUCUGCGCUUUAAUGGAUCCCGUAUGGAGCUUCGCCGCCCUCACACUGGGCAUGUUAUUUUUUACACUACCAGGAGAUCUAGCGCUCUCCUCUUGUGUUCAGAGUUUGGGCAACGAAACUGAGACCUUUGCAAAUUGUUUAAAGAAGACGGAGUUUACGCACGCUUGGCUUCUGGAAAAGAUUCGACCUGUCCGUAAAAUGACAGACCACGCCCUUGCAGUAGCAUUCUUGAAAGAAGAGAAGUACAUCUACGGAGCCGUAUUCCUCUUCAUUCCACUGGUCAUCCACGUCGUUUCGAGAAUCAAACAGAGGCCGUUUCUGCCACACUUCGUCGUCACAGUCCUGUGCUCGGAAAUGGUAUUGGGCGAGCUGUACUGUCUCCUCCUCAAUGCUUUCGACGUGGCAGAAAACGAGAGGAUUCAGACCCUACUUGUCAUCGGCACUGUGUUCGUGGUAGUCGGUUCCAACCCACUGGCGUUUUAUCCUUUUUUCACAUUCGAUGAAAAUGUGACAAAAGUCAGCAAAAAAACUUCUCAGAUUGACAAGGCAUUGCAGGAUCGUCACGUACUGGCUGUGAUGUUCUAUAACAGUGUUUUUCUGAACCUACUGAUGUUUUUCAUUCAGUUACAUGUGGCAGGAUCCACAAUUGCCUUCGAUACAUCCUUGGGUGUUGCCAAUGCAGUAUUCCUCGCCUUGAACGUGGUGGUCCCAUUCAUCGCCGCCUUAGUAACAGGCUACGUCUGCCAGAAGCGCUAUUGCCGCCCAAAGCAAUUGCCCCAGACACUUCUGCCGCCUCCUGCAGAUGUGUAGUGUAGUUAUACGUGUGUCCGAGGGUGGCCGCAUGGCUGGCCUCUGUUCAUUGAUCACAUAGGCGGGAUACAGAAAUUCAACCCCGUCAAACACUGAACUGGCAAUGCUUGACUUCAUAUGCAACGGUAAGAGUUGAAGAUAUCACAUAUCUUUUUCAUGUUGGUAUACAGAGUGAAUUCCUUUUGUACUAGAAGCAGCCAUUUGUGCUUUGUAAAGUAGCUUCAAUGGCAUUUUCUAAAAAAAAAAUUGAUUUGUAAGUACAUAUACUUUUCAAAAAGAAAGAAAAAAAAAAGGAAAUGGGUUUUUCUUGUUGCCACUGUGCUAGGGUUUCACAGUACAGAGCAAAAAUCUUGUGGUGCUCAAUAGAUGCAAUGCAAAAGACCAUUAACAGUGAACAUAGUCGACCUAACUUAGCAGAUUUAUGAGUGAAACAAGCACACAGCACUUCAAAAUCUUUAUUUUCUUGUAAUAUAAGUAGAUUUUAGAUCUACGUUGUAGUUGCAUGUAUAUAAUCAUGCUGUUAAUAUAGGGUAAAAGAAGUAUAUUAAUUUAAAUAUCAAACUUUAUACUGCCGUAUUUUUCUACAUAAUCUCUAAUGGAUAUUGAUAGCCACAUGCAAUUAUUUUCUUUAAAGAAAAUGUACAUAAUCAGGCCUGUAGCCAGGGAUUCUAAAAGGGGGGGGGGGGGUCCUUAACCACACUAGAGAAGUGAAUAGGUCCUGAAUAAAAUUUGAUUCAGAGUGGACCUUUUUCUGGCAAAAAGGGCGGUUCUUUUGAACACCCUUGCCUAUGGGCCUGAUUGUAAUGCUCUUCUAAUUAUACUCAUUUUCAUUCCAUCUCACCUUUGAACAAGCUUGAUACCCAUUUUGUAUUACAAUUUCCAUAUUUUGUAUCAUCAUACUCUGACAACACACUGGUAGGAUUUUAUUUGACAUGUAAUACGUUUAUUUAUUUGACAUGUAUAUAAUGAAAAUACUCCAUGAGUAUAUGAUAAAAAUACUUAGGGCUCAUUUCCAUUGAAACUAUUGGUCAAUGUAAAUUGAUUCAACUCCACAGGGACUCUCGCUGAAUGCAAUCAGUUUAACAAAUUUCAACCUCUCGUUUCCAACAUUUUUGCAUAAUCAACAGCUUUUCUGUAUUCUACUAUAUACCAUAAGGCAGCAUGUAAAUCUGUUUAUCUGGUUGCAUUCAGGGAGUCCCGCAGUUGGAUGGAUCUACAUAGGGACCAUUUCCACAGAUAUUUAGAUCGAUCUAUCUCCCUGGGGAGUCUCACUAAAUUGAUGUAAACUGCCCG